CACUCACGUCACUCUCACACCCAAAUAAAACCCACUCCCAUUAUUUCAUCGCAUCUCUUCACAAACCAGCCAUGGAGGACGCUUCCUGCAGCGGCUCUACGCCCUUCAAGCGCCUCGUCGACCACCAGUCCCGCGAUGCGAGCCACCACCAAGACAGACAUGUGAGCCGAGGGGCUUUUGGCCAGAGCUCUUUCCGCUCUACACCGCUGCAUCCCGCCCAGGGCCAGCAGGAUGGGUUCGGCGCCUUCAUGGGCAGCGCGUCUGCCCUGCCCGGCUUUGAGAGCGAUCCCGCGACCAGAUUGACGCCGUCACUGCCCUUUGCACAGGUUGCCCCGGCAGUUCAUCCAAGCUUCGCCAGCCCGGCGCCAAUGCAGAUGCAGAUGCCCGCUCCGGCAUCAAGUGCGAGCAACUGGGCCGCCGACUUCAGCCGCUUCUCGGCGCAGCAGCAACGAGCGCCUGCUGCAUCCCACAUGACGCCAGCCCGCCAGAUGAGCCACUCGCCCGCUCAGCACAGCUACCAGCCCGCCUUUGCGCAGCCAAACUUUGCCUCUGCGUUUGGCCAGUCCAUGUUCAGCCCUCCCGCAGCCGCCACCGCAGCAGCAGCAAGGGAGCCGGAAUUUGACCAGGAAAUGUCGCGCUGGAUGUCGGCCCACGGAGGCGGCAACAUGAAGGAGGUGGACGCCGCCAUGGAGCAAAUGGCCCGCGAGCUGGAGGAGAACGAGGCAAUCGCCGCUGCGGUUGAAGCCUCCCACCAGACAUAUCUCGAAACGCCCGAAAUCGGCAGCCUCUCGCUGGAUGCAAAGGAGCCCGAGCUCGAGCUGGCACCGGCCAUGGAGCAGGAGCUGAGACAAGAGCCGGAGCCGGAGAAGGAACAAGUAGACGCCCAGCUCCCCAAGUCCGCCGUUGCUGAGGCCGCCGAGAAGCUCCUCGACUGCGUCAAGCACGAGAACGGCGAGAAGUGGCAAAACUCCAUCUUUCUGUCCCUGAUGCGCGACUUCCGCGACGGCAGGAAGGACAUUGUGGGCGACGAGAUUCGCUCGACGGGGGAGACGACCCCUGCUGUUCAGCCUGUGGCGACUUGACUCGUGUCUGCGGGAGAUUCUGCAAGAUAUUUUAAAUCGUGCAUCGGAUACCUCAGCCAGACUACGUUUUGAAUCGGCUUCCCUUUGGAAUAAAAGGCAGUCACAAAAGGUGUCUCUGAGAAAUUGCAUAUGUGCUGGCUAAUUGGUGUUUUUUGCAUUGGACUUUACUUGGGAGCAGGGCGUUCAUGGGAUAGCAAAUGCUGGAUUUAGAGACUCAUUUGGCUGGUGUAUUAGAUUGAAUUUGUCACUGUUUGUGUGCGCCUUUUGCAUUCAGAUAUCUUGUUUGGUGCCUCUGAAAACGAUAUUGAUUAAAAC